CUGCAAUUGCUUGGCAUGAGAGUAGAGCUGCAAUUGAUUGGCAUGAGAGUAGAAGAAAGUGGGUAGGGGAUCAGCGGCUGCAAAGAAAGGCCAAAGAUCCAAUUAUAAGCUGGUCAACAACCUAUGAGGAUCUACUUUCAACCAAUGAGUGUUAUCCUGAGCCGAUCCCCUUAACCGAGAUGGUUGACUUUUUAGUUGAUAUUUGGCAUGAUGAAGGCCUGUUCGAUUAGGCAGUCCAGAGAAUUUCAAAGUUGACCCUCUACGAUCCCUGAUUACAGAUGAUAGUCUAAAUCCUUGUAGCUGAUUAAUCCCAUGAACUGGGAAAGCUUUGGCACAUAUGAACAACAGUAAAUCUGAACUGUUCCCCUAAUUCUUUGUAUGAUAAAACUAGAUAUUGUUAAACAUUGCCGCUACUGUGGGGAAACAAAAAAUGAAUGCGUCCUCUUCAGGUCAGAAUGAUGAUCUAUGAAUAACUUUCACG